UUGUUAGGCAGGUUGUCAGGGGCAUCACAUCAGCUAGUGAGCUAGCAAAGGAUUAAUGAAGUUUAGGUAACGACGACUCAAGUAUUUACUGAGGAAAAACAGCUGCCAUUACCCUUGUUUUUUGCUCGUAGCGGUACUGUCUGUCUACGUAGUAUCAGCGUUAAGUAACGUCAGCUUCACUUUGUUUAGAAAUACAGGUUUUGCUCUUGAAUUUGCUUCGUAGACAGUUAGCUACUGGCUAUCUUAUCUGUAUGACGUUUCUUUGAAAUUGAACAGUCUCACGGUCCCUUGUGACAUUCUGUAGGUCUACUCCUGGCGGUUGUGUGGUGGGAACAUGGAAGACGCAGCGGAACGUUUUAUGGAGCAGGACGAAUUUGACAGUAGCGAGAUUACUUCACCACUGCCAUUUCGCCCACCCUGUCGGUCCACCACCCGACUGCAGAUCCAGAGAAGCAAUGUGUGCUCUCGGGCUUAUUUCGUUGUGGUUAUGGUGUUCUUCCAUGUUUACAUCCUGAAUAUCAUCGCGCUGCUUCUCUACGUGCACUAUAACAACGGGCUUGGAGAUUUAGACAGUGGUAAUGUUGGAAGCCCAUCAGCACCUGUCGGCGGCAGCCGCUUACCCCAGCCUGCCCCGCCAACAGACUUACAUGAUGUGGAGGACUACAGUCAUAGCUUCAGUCUGCCUCGGAUUGAAGGCAUUCGGGUUGGACACAUUCAAAGACUUUCACUUGUACAAGACAGAACACAUGAGAUGAAGACCCUGAGUUUGAAACCUCUGCUUUUUGAAAUCUCAGGCUUCCUGUCAGAAGAAGAGUGUCGGGUGGUGGUACAGCUGGCUCAACUUAAGGGACUCACUGACAGUCAAACAGCAUUUGGCCGAGGGCAAGAGGACUCCAUGCAGCCACUGCUUUCUCUGAGUACAGAGGAGGUCUUCAGUCUACUGGACCUGAAUCAGGACGGGCUUCUUCAGAAGCAGGAGAUUGUGAGUCAUACCCGUUCUCAAGAUGGAACUUGGUUGAGCCCAGUCAACCUGCGGCAAAUCCUGACUGGUCUGGAAUCCCACCCCACAGGGACGCUAUCACUGGGAGAUUUUAAGCAGGUUUUUGAUGUGUCCCAGCAUUCAGGACAACACCAGAGUGGGAAGCUCCAUAACAAUUUUAAACACAGAAACAAACAUACCUGGCUGUAUCAAGGCCCAGGCUCCCACCAUGUGCUGCAAACACUCAGGAACAGAAUAAUCAGUUUGACGCGUUUGCCCUCUCCGCUGGUGGAACUGAGCGAACCACUGCAGGUGGUUCGUUAUGAAUACAGAGACUUCAGCGAUGCUCACUAUGACAGCAGCCCCUCCCGCUCAGAGACCACAUGCUCACACACACGCCUGACAGGAAAUUCAUCUGCUCUCACUGAAGUCUCUUGCAGGUAUCUAACUGUCUUGAUCCACCUCAGCUCUGUGGAGGAUGGUGGUGAAAGCACCUUCCCUGUUGCUGAUAACCGCACCUAUGAUGAAAAAGCAUUGCUCCAGGGUGAAGUUGAUUUGACCGAUACUCAGCAGACGUGUGGCAAAAGCAAUCUGAAAGUAAAACCCACUACUGGAACAGCUCUUCUCUGGUAUAACCAUCUCUCUGAUGGUGAAGGUUGGAUGGGUGAAUUGGAUGAGUAUUCCUUACAUGGUGAGUGCCCAGUCAAGAAAGGAGUGAAGUGGCUGGCUAACAGCUGGAUAAAUGUGGAUCCAGAUCACCAGCAGCAGGAAAGCUACCAAAGACUUGUAGCUCAAAAGCAUCGCACCAAAUCUGGCUUGGAAGAAUACUACCAGUCUGUUUCACACAGUGACUUCCAUCAAGAUCUAUAGCCAGACCUUUUAGUGUGUUUGUUCACAUGCUUUUAGCUAGUCAAGUUACGAUCCUGGAUUGGCUAAAUGUCAUAUCAACAGAAACCCUGUUACUCCUGUGCAUGGAAACCCUUUUAUGAUAUCUCUUCCUCUUUUAAGCGCAUGCAAAUUCACGCAUUGAUGCUGUAUUUCGAAAUCUUACUCCAGUGAGUGAAUCUAUUGACAUUUCUUAUGUUUCAGAGGACAUGACUGAAAUACAAAUUGCACAAAACAGUGUUACAUAUCAUCUCUUUUAGGUUUAGCUUUUCAUUAUUUAUUGUAAAAUAGUAUAAAAGGAGCAGUUUUCUUACAAAAAUGUAAAAAAUAAGAAAAAAUUGAUAACAUUUUUUAAAUUUAAAGUUAAUGUUGUCUGAAACUGAGCUUUAUGAAUGUAUGGCAGACAAAGAGCAAUAUGAACUCCAUCAUUUGAAUUGUUAGUGCUGCUAUGUCAUGGAGUUUCUCUGCUUAUCUGCCUUCUUUAUACACUGAUUGGGAUUUAUAUGGUAGUUGUUGACAGAUGAAGGGUACAAAACCUAUUAUCUCUUCAUUGUCAGAAGAUACAUUUAACAAGUCAUGAAUGAUUUUCAUCGAAACUUGUUUUACAAGCAGAAAACGAAACUCACAAUUGGAUCAUGGAUGGGCCAACGUUCACUAAUACAUGAGGCAAGCCUUUCUUUUGGUUCUGUCCAACAAACAAGUUAUUGUAGUUGAAAUUUUGGGAAGAAGUUAAUGUCGGCUCAAAUAUAUCUGAUCCAAAAUUAACCAUUUUUAUGAAUGCUUUGGCAUGGUGGCAUUCCAGUCCCUUUUUUUGUUUUUGUUUUUUUGCAUCAAAUGAAGGUUGUUUGAUUCUGCUGCCAUUCAAAUGCGGCACUUUGAGUCUGGCUUUUUUUUUGCAUGUGACUUAGGUUUGAAUCACCCUUCAGACAAUUGUUGCUGACCACAGAAACCCUUUCAUAGAAUGUUAUUAGUUGUGACUGUUUUGCAGCUGGAUAAUAUGCUCUUCCACAAAGCACAAUUGAUCUGUAAUGGUUUUGGGAGCACAGCAAAGAUGUGAAGGUUUGACUUGGCCUUCAGGCCAAAGAAGCAUUUGCAAAAUCCUUGGAGACCUGAAGUUUUACAUCUAAAAGACCCAAAAGAUGAGCUGUAAAGAUAUGAUACAAGACACCACAGCACAGCUACAGUGUUCUUUGUUUAUUUUUCUUUAUUUUUAAUCCUGUGUUCCAAACUAUGUCAUAUUAGUCACCUGUGAAAGUUAUGUAAAACCUAACCUCUGUUUUUGGUUGUGUUGUUAUUAAGCUUUUUUUUCUGUGUUAUUUAUUAAGUAGUUCAUUUUUUGCAAUGCAGAAGUCGGGGCAGUUAGAGUCAGAGAUAAUUAUACAAAGCCACCUCUUGGAAUUAAAUGCAAUAUUUAUACUAUUUUCAAUAUCGUCUUUCACAUGAGAAUGUUUAUUGUCUGAGAAUAUUUGUGUGCUAUUUAUUUGGUAUAUAUUUGGUGAUUUAACCUAAUAUGUCUAUUUAUAACUGCUUGAUGUUGCACUGAAUCUUUUAUGUGUGGUUGUACUUGUUAUAUGUCAUGAAAUAAUGUAUAAAGAUAUAUUUUAAUAGUUGA